AUGGCGGUGGUAGCGGCGGUAUUGGUAGUGGCAUCAGUAGUAGUAAUAUUGGCAGCGGCGGUGGUAGCGGCGGUGGUGGUGGCGGUGGUAGCGGUGGUAGUGGUGGUGGUGGUGGCGGUGGUGGCGGCGGUGGUGGCGGUGGUGGUAGUGGUGGUGGUGGUGGCGAGUAAUGGCAGCAGCGGUGGUGGUAAUGGCGGUGGUAGCGGCGGUAUUAGUAGUAGUGGCAUCGGUAGUAAUAUUAGCAGCGGCGGUGGUGGCGGCGGUGGUGGUGGCGGUGGUGGUGGUAGUGGUAGUGGUAGCGGUGGUAGCGGCGGCAGUGGUAGUAAUGGUGGUAGCGGCGGCGGUGGUGGUAGUGGCAUCGGUGGUAGUAAUGUUGGCAGCGGCGGUAGCGGCGGCGUUUGUGGUAGUGGUAAUGGCAGUGGUAGCAGCGGUAUUAGUAGUGGUGGCAUCGGUAGUAGUAAUAUUGGCGGUAGCAGUAGUGGCAGCGGCGGUGGUGGUAAUAUUGGCGGUAGCGGUGGUAGCGGCGGCGGUGGUAGUAAUGGCGGUGGUAGCGGCGGUAUUAGUAGUAGUGGCAUCCGGUGGUGGUAUUGGCGGCGGCGGUAG